AUGAAGAUACAAACAAAGAUACCCACAGACACAAGAAAAUACAAUAAUAUAGUUACUAUUAUGAAAAACAAUCUAAAUAAAAUUAAUCAAAUCAAUGAUGUCUCUGAAAAUGCAUAUAUCCCAAAUAUGCUCCCUUAUUUAAUUCAAAAUUAUUUCAGAGAAAAUAGACUAAAAAUUUCUUCUCAUUUGGAUGAUAUGCAGAUAGAAGAAUUUUUGUCAAAAGACUCGAAUAAUAUAAAAGAAACAGAAAAAGGAGAAGUUAAAAACUCAGAAGGAAAUAUUAGCAAUCUUUCUAAUCUAUUAACCCAAAGAGACAGAAUAUAUUAUGAAAGGGGAAUAAAUUUUAACAUAUUGAUAUGUGGCCAAAGAGGAGUUGGUAAGACAACAAUUCUUGAGAAACUCUUUGAUAUUGAUUUAUCCAUAAAUAGAGAAUAUCCAAAUUAUAAAGAGGAAAUCGAAUUAAGAUAUAACAAUAGUAGUAAUAAUAUUGAUAAUAGUAUUAUUAACAAUGGAAUAAUCAUCAAAUUGGGAAUUACUGAAAUAUCAAACUUUGAUAAUAAUAAAAUAAACAACUCAUUUUCCUGGAUUUCUAUUAUUAAUGAAAUAAAUAAACACAGCAAUCAAUGUUGCAAAGAGAGACAAAGACUACAUCGAGAUCGUAAACCAAGUCAAGAUAAAAAGAUACACGUGUGUUUAUAUGUCAUGGAGCCGAACCAAAUUUCUGCAAUAGACAUAAUUACCAUGAAAAUGGUAGGCCAAAUUAUUACAAUGAUCCCAAUCAUUAAUAAAAUAGAUAUAAUUAGUGAUACUGAAGAAUUGAAUAGAAUAAAAGAUGAAAUGCAAAGAUUGUUCAAAAUAUAUGAUAUAACCUCCUUUCAAAACAUUAGUAGUAAAAAUGAUAACCUAGAUCCAAUAUUUAUUCACCAAGACGACAGUUCAGAUUUGAAAAAAAUGGUCAUUGAUAAAAAUAUGAUUGAAUUGAUUGAUAAUGAUGUUGUUUAUGAUUUAAAUAUUUGCAAUUUUGAAAGAGACCAACCCAAUGGUUUCUGGUGGGGAGAGAAUUUAUUUUCAAAACAAAUAAAUUUACAAAAAAAAUAUAGAGAAUUAAUUGAGUUACAGGAUAAAAAAUUUCAAGAAUGGAUCAAAAUGUUAAUUCAAAAACAAAAAAGAUGCAAUUCUGUAAUUGAACAGUUACUAAAUCGAAUUAAUUUAAUUAGAAAAGAGUGUCAUAUAUUAGAAGACAGAUUAGUUACACUCCAUGAAUCUAAUAAAUAUCUGUCCAAUAAAGAAACCACAUAUACUACUAAUUGUAAUAAUAGUAGCAAAACACUUGUCGUAACCAAUAAAACUAGUGAUAGUAGCGAUAAUAAUAAAAACGAGUAUGAGUCUGAAUACAGUAAUAAUUAUAGUAUCAAUCUAAAUCAACAAAGGAGAAACACAAAUAAAAGUAAAAAUCCAAUUAAAAAUGGACAUUACCUUACAGAGAAUAUUAGGGUUAUGCGAUACUAA